CAGCGUAUUAACUGGCCUCCGACUCUUGCCUCGGCCUCGACCGACUCUCCCGUCUCCUCGCGAGUUCACCCGCCCGCCGCCUGCGGCGAUCUCCAUCCAGCGAGCAGCGGCGCCGGCGCCGGCGUACCGCUGCUUCCGCCGCAUCCUCUAUCUCUGGAGAUGCCUCGCUAUGAUGAUCAUUAUGGAAGCACACGCUUGUAUGUUGGUAGACUGUCUUCGCGCACUCGUUCUCGUGACCUAGAAUAUCUUUUCGGCAGAUAUGGAAGAAUACGUGAAGUGGAGUUGAAGCGCGACUACGCGUUUAUUGAAUUCAGUGAUCCCCGUGAUGCUGAUGAAGCGCGGUAUAACCUAGAUGGCAGGGAUGUUGAUGGAAGCCGCAUUCUUGUUGAGUUUGCUAAAGGAGUUCCACGUGGUGCUGCUGGUGGUUCACGUGAAUAUAUGGGGAGAGGACCUCCUCCAGGAACAGGUCGCUGUUUUAACUGUGGGAUUGAUGGUCACUGGGCAAGAGACUGCAAGGCUGGUGACUGGAAGAACAAAUGUUACCGUUGUGGAGAAAGAGGUCACAUAGAAAGAAACUGCCAAAACAGUCCAAGAAAUCUCAGGCGAGAGAGAAGUUAUUCGCGCUCCCCAUCGCCACGCCGUGGACGUGGUCAUGGUCGUAGUCGUAGCUAUAGCCGGAGCCGGAGCAGGAGUUACAGCCGAUCUAGGUCCAGAUCCCUAUCUGGAUCUCCCAGGGGACGCAGAGAUCGUGAUGAUAGGAGAUCAAGGAGUCUUAGCUACAGCAGAAGUCCCAGGCGAUCCAUCUCCCCAGCAGCAAAUGGAAAGGAGCGCAACCCCAGCCCGAAUGGUAGGCGGAGUCCAAGGAGUCCACAGGAUCGGGUAAGCCCACCACCCAAGGAUAAUGAUGAGCGCAAUGGUGACAGCCCCUGGGGCAGGGAGAACAGCAGGAGCCCAUCUGACGGCUACCGUAGCCCUGUGGCUGCCAAUGGGCGCAGCCCAAGCCCAAGGAACAAUGGAAGCCCUAGUCCAAUGGACAACAAUAGCCGAAGCCCAAGGGACAACGGCAGCCCGAGCCCUAGGGAUGGAAAUGGUGAUGGUGGUAGCCGUGGCGGCUCACGCUCGCCCAGAGCAAGCGAGUCCCCUGAAGCUUGAAAUUUAAUCCCAGUCUCUGGCGUUCAUCUUGUGGAUGGUCAUGCUAUGGUUGUAAUAGUUAUAUUUCCGGUUUAAGACGAGAUCAAGGAGUCUUAACACCUGAAAGGAUUUGGUGCCCUUGGGGCUAUGCUAUAUUGCUAUUGGUGUGUAAUGGAUCGAUGAACUUUCUAUUAGCCUGCAUUGUUUUUGCGGUCUGGUAUCACCCUGAGAUUGCAACUUUUGUUGCUUUGGUCGCUGAACAACGUUGACGACAGUUCUCUUUCA